UGAUUUUGGGUGGGGUUUCGCUGAAGGAGCUUCUGGACAGUACUGAAGGCAGAUGCAGAGGCGACCCGUUUAUUUAUUCGCACGCCUCAAAUGCGCCUUUGUCUGCUCGAUGGUGACGGUUACCCUCGAACACUUACGAUAUGCUGCAGUGUUUUUAUGGACUUGUUUAUCUCUCGGCGGUUUUGGCGUUUGCGACUCUCAAUGGUGCAGAAGCUGAAUGUCCUCUUCAGCUCGACUCACGGAGAGUUGUUGUGAGAUAUGGCGGUUCUGUUGAAGUUAACUGUAACACUUCAGUCCUACAUAAUGGGAUAGGAUGGGAAGCCAGUGAGGGAGGAGUGUCCAAGAACUACACACAGAGUCUGAUCACAUGGAGAGUGUCAGAACUGACAGAAUGGGGCAUAAAUCCAUACUGCUACAUAAAUCCAAACAAAGGUGCACAGUGUCAAAUAGAGCUCCCAGUCACUGUUUACAAGACUCCAGACAGUGUGUCCAUCAGCACUGUGAAUAACACAGAACCAAUGAUAGAGGGACAGCAGUAUGAGCUCCAGUGUGACGUUCAUGAUGUGGCUCCUGUUCAGUAUCUCACUGUCAAAUGGUACAAAGGACAGACUCUGCUGCAUCAAACCACCUUCAGUGACACUGACAACACCCCAGUGAAUAAAACUGUCACACUCCUGAUCCGUCCAGACAGAGAUGAUGAUGGAGCAAAAUACUGGUGUGAAGCAGAGCUGGAUCUGGGAGCAGAAGGACCUCAACAUCCCCCUAAAAAUUCAUCAAAACCUUUUAAUGUUGAAGUACAAUAUAAACCACAACACUCCAGUUCAACAGAGACCAUCAUUAAAGAUGUGAAGGUCAUGCUUAAUUGUACAGUGAAGGCAAACCCAGCUCCUGGCUACACAUGGUCCUCAGAUCAUCUGAACUUGAACAUCAGCUCCUCAGUGAUCAAGUCCUCAGCACUCAGUCCAGGAAACUACACGUGCACAGCCAGAAACAUCAUGGGAAGAGACAGCAAAGUUUUCAUCCUCAAAUCUAAAGAGAGGACCACAUUCUGGGUUAUUGUUUUAACCGGCGUGGCGGUGGCAGUGGCGUUAAUCAUGGCUUAUCUGAUUUUCAAGUUUACGUUUUCCAAGAAUUCUCUCAUUUGAUGGACAAGAGAUGACCUUAAAGUGAGACAUUCUCCUCAGGGAGAUCAUAAAAAACUUGAUUAUUAUGGGUUGUUUUUAAAGGAAUAGUUCACCCUCAGGCCAUCUAAGAUGUAGAUGAGUUUGUUUCUUCAUCAGAACAUAUUUGGAGAAAUUUUGCAUUGCAUCACUUGCUCACCAGUGGAUCCUGUACAGUGAAUGGGUGCCAUCAGAAUGAGAGUCAAAAUAGCUGAUAAACACAUCAAAGUAAUCCACAAGUAAUCCAGUCCAUCUAUUAUUGUCUUUUUGCAUCUUUAAGGCUUUUGAUUCUAAGCCACCGCUUCUGGCCAUAUUCUAUAACAACACUUUCUCCAGUGAAAAAAUCUGUCCGCUGUUGUCCUCUCACAUCACAAUACGCCAACACAUGUGUUUAGAACCAUUUGGACAGUUUUGUAGAUUUUUAUUAUCAGGGGAACUAUGCCUUUAAUGAAAUGUUGUGGUUUUGCAUGGCUUGGGGUGUUGCAGUAGUGGGAACUGUUAUGGCAUUUUUUUUUUUUUUAUCGCCAUAUUCAACUUGUGUGUCUAAUUAUUCUGGUACUGAUAGGAAAAAAAUCAUGUCUCAUAAUGGCAAAUUCCCAAAUUGUAUUAUCCUCGAUGUAAAGCUUAAUUUACAUGUUUUUAACCAUUAACGGCUUCAUCUAUCCACCAUAGUUUUAUACCUAAAGUGAAUUUAUUUGUUAUACAACCUCACAUUAUUUUUAUACAGAGGUUGGGACAUUUUUGAUGAAUAGGCUUAUUGCUAUUAAAUGUACAGCAUGCUUUUUUCAAUGUAUUUUUGUAAAAUAUAAGGAUUGAUUAAUUUUGUUUUUAUUUUGUGGUGUAUUAGCGAUCAAGAGCAUGUUAUGAAUGUAACCUUACUACCUUACUACCUAAAAAAGUGUUAGCCAAAUGAACCUAGUAACUGCAGGCUAAUGUAUUGACAUGAACAGGAAUCCAGUUGUUGAGAGCGAAGAAGCAACAAAGAUUUCUGCAUUGAGAAAAUGAAUAUUGAUGUCAGUAGCCAACAACUUUCAUCACAAAGACUGCACAGAUUCUCCAUAAUGCUGAUGAAAUAAAAGAAAAAUGUGUUACCAAGUACUAACCAAGUACUAACCAAGGGUGUUAUACAUCCUUCACUGUGGUCUUCAUAUAUUGGUAUGCAAGCAUAUGAAAAGUUUUGAUACUGAAAGUAGAGUUCAUUUCCUUUUCUCUUUUCCUCUUCAGCUAAUGGCAUGAUGAGGUCAGUGGAAAAACAAUGAUCAUGUGCUUAUUUUUCACUCUAUAAUUGCUCGUAGCUAUGAUACUUUGUAUGGAACAAGAGUUGUUGAUUAAAACUUCACAGUGUUGGUAAUAUCGCUUUGAACACUACAAGCAAGUGAACGCAAAAGCAAUAAUAUGACAAUGUUAAAAAAGUACGGGACCUUACUGUAAAGUCUAACUGACAUUUUUCAUACUCUCCGGCUACUUUAACACGUCUGAAUGUCUUUGAAUAAUGUGGUAGGACCUGUACUGACAAGUCCUCAACGUUUCUUCCUCUGAAUGUAUGGUAGCUUUUUCAUUUUUGUCUUUAUUUGUGUGCUUUUUAAAUAAAACACAAUCUGUUC